AUGAAAGAUGGAAGAAGAUCUAGAAAUUAUAUGUCCCAGGUGCAACCAAGCAUUUUAUAUGGAGAGCAGGUUAUUAAAACUGCUUUAUCAACUCUAAAGGAAUACAAGGAGGCACAGGGUAGUAAGAGUGUGAAACGGUGUGGUGGGGAAAGAAGGCAAGAGCAGCAACAGUGGAAGAAGCCAGUAGAGGGAACCCUUAAAGCCAAUUUUAAUGCAGCAAUUGAUGAAGCAAAUCAGAGAAUGGGUGUGGGAGUAGUCAUUAGGGACAGUGAGGGUAAGCUUAUGGCUUCAUGCUGUGAUCGACUUCAAAUGGUGACUCAAGCUGUAGUUGCAGAAAGUACUACUCUGAGGACAACAGCUAAGUUGUGUUCUGAGUUGGGAUUUAACAGAGUCUUGUUUGAAGGUGAUGCACAAGUUGUUGUAAAUGCAAUAAGAAACCCAGUAGAAAAUUGGACCUGGUAUGGUCAUAUUAUUGAGGAUGUAAAAUCUGUCUUUAAAACCAUGUCUAACUGA